AUGAACCCACCUACCUGCACCUCUCCUCGCUCUCCUCAGCUCUCCUCGCUCUCCUCAGCUCUCCUCGCUCUCCUCAGCUCUCCUCGCUCUCCUCAGCUCUCCUCGCUCUCCUCAGCUCUCCUCGCUCUCCUCAGCUCUCCUCGCUCUCCUCGCUCUCCUCAGCUCUCCUCGCUCUCCUCAGCUCUCCUCGCUCUCCUCAGCUCUCCUCGCUCUCCUCAGCUCUCCUCGCUCUCCUCAGCUCUCCUCGCUCUCCUCAGCUCUCCUCGCUCUCCUCAGCUCUCCUCGCUCUCCUCAGCUCUCCUCGCUCUCCUCAGCUCUCCUCGCUCUCCUCAGCUCUCCUCGCUCUCCUCAGCUCUCCUCGCUCUCCUCAGCUCUCCUCGCUCUCCUCAGCUCUCCUCGCUCUCCUCAGCUCUCCUCGCUCUCCUCAGCUCUCCUCGCUCUCCUCAGCUCUCCUCGCUCUCCUCAGCUCUCCUCGCUCUCCUCAGCUCUCCUCGCUCUCCUCAGCUCUCCUCGCUCUCCUCAGCUCUCCUCGCUCUCCUCAGCUCUCCUCGCUCUCCUCAGCUCUCCUCGCUCUCCUCAGCUCUCCUCGCUCUCCUCAGCUCUCCUCGCUCUCCUCAGCUCUCCUCGCUCUCCUCAGCUCUCCUCGAGCUCUCCUCAGCUCUCCUCGCUCUCCUCAGCUCUCCUCGCUCUCCUCAGCUCUCCUCGCUCUCCUCAGCUCUCCUCGCUCUCCUCAGCUCUCCUCGCUCUCCUCAGCUCUCCUCGCUCUCCUCAGCUCUCCUCGCUCUCCUCAGCUCUCCUCGCUCUCCUCAGCUCUCCUCGCUCUCCUCAGCUCUCCUCGCUCUCCUCAGCUCUCCUCGCUCUCCUCUGCUCUCCUCACUCUCCUCAGCUCUCCUCGCUCUCCUCUGCUCUCCUCACUCUCCUCAGCUCUCCUCGCUCUCCUCUGCUCUCCUCACUCUCCUCAGCUCUCCUCACUCUCCUCAGCUCUCCUCCGCUCUCCUCCGCUCUCCUCUGCUCUCCUCACUCUCCUCCGCUCUCUUCCAUACUCUCUCUUUUCAAACCACACCUGCUUCCAUCCUUCCUACCUGCACGUAG